AAGCCGCCAGAGCUUCGGAUAUCAGACCCGAGUAGCGGUGUUGCCGCCAAAGAGCCAUCAAGCUCGGUAGAGGCAUCGAAGAGAAGGGGCCGCGGUAGUUUUCCGGAGAGAGGAGUUUGAAUCCUGAUGGCUAAGUCUCUGAGGUCGAAGAAGAAGAAGAGGUUGAGGACAUUGAGAAGGGACAUCGCCAAGCCUUUCUAUGACAAGAAGGAGGCCGCCAAGCUUGCCGCUCAGGAAGCGGCCCUGGCCGCUCCGAAGCUGCCGCUUCCCACCCCUGAUCCUGCCUCCGACGACCUCACUCUUCCUGUCCCUACCAACAUGGAUGUGGAGAUGACAGAAAACAAUCCAGCUGAUGUUGGUACUGAGUUUAAGCUCAAGCCUACAGGCGGUGUGAAGAAGAAGAUGAAAAAAGCCUCAAAGCUGAAGAAAAACAAGCGCAAAAAGGGCAGGAGGAAGCAGAGGCUUUAGGCGAAACUUUGAAAUCAAGGGCGUUUUCCCGCAGGCAGUGGUGAAUUCAUCUAAUUUUUGUUGCCGAACUGGAAUGUUGUCGCCGUAGUUUUAAACUACAUAAUGUUGGAUCAGGAUACAUUCUCCUUGGUAAUUGAGAUAUUCCAUUUUUAACAUAA